UCGAAACUUUUAUUUUGAAGAAGUGCCACCGGAAGCCCUUUUACUUACCGUGUCUAACUUGAGCAGUGCGGAGUCUGGUUGAAGAGGUUUCUUACCGCAUCUUUGUUGUAGUAAACCGUUUCCCCCGCGUGAGUCCUGCUCUUUCCGCCACGUAGCUCAUCAGAUACAACCGAGGUGAACCACCAGAACCCGGAUGUUUGGAUAAACUUGUUCAAGUGGACGUUAUAACCUCAGACUCAUCUCCGUUAGCCAAGAAUGCUAACUGAAGUUAGCAUAGCGUGCUAGCUGGAAAUAGACCUCGGCCACACAGCGCUAGUAGGAGAGACUAUUGGAUAGAGACCAAACUGUAUGUUUCAUGGACCCGGACGUAACUUACCAACCCAGCGCAAGUAUCCGAGGGAGCGAACAGGUUUUAGCGGAGUCUGUCUGGAGGAAAAGUUUCUCAGAUUUAGUAAAAAUGACUAAAGUCCAAAUGCUGAGAGCUUUUGUGAACCAGCGACUAACUGCGGCUGCUGAAGAGAUAUUUGGGCUGUUUGAAAGAACGAUAGCAGAGUACGAGGAGGAACUUGAGUUCAGUUUAAAAGAGAAUCACCGACAACAGAAACUACUGGACGCUGUUUUAAACCCUGAAGUCCAGAUACACAGAGCAGACGUCCAGCAGCUGUCGGUGGUGAAAGCAGAGGUUCCCCCUGAGCAGCAGGAGUGGCACUCCAGUCUGGACCAGGAGGACCCAGAGCCCCCCCCACACAUUAAAGAGGAACAGGAGGAACUCUGGAUCAGUCAGGAGGAAGAGCAGCUUCAAGGGCUGGAGGAGGCUGAUAUCAAGUUCCUGUUCACUUCUGUCAAGAGUGAAGAAGAUGAUGAAGAGAAAGCUCAGUCCUCACAGCUUCAUGAAAGCCAAACUGAGGAGAACAGAGAGGCAGAGAGAGCAGAAGCUGAUGGAGAGGACUGUGAAGGACCAGAACCAGCCAGGAACUCAGAUCCAGAUAGUCCUUUACAACCAGCUACUCAUGACAAGACUGCAGACUCGUCUGAAUCUCACACUAAUGACAGUGCAGACUGGGAGGAGACUAGGGAACCUCAGUCAGGUUUAAACCCUCUGCAAAACAAUGAAGUAGCUGUAAGUGAUGUGGAAUGUAAUACUGGAAACACAUCAGUUAGCUCCUCUGAAUGUGCUGGAAGCUUUGGCCCCAAGAAACCUCUGCAGAACCACUCUGGAGUCCAAACAGGAGGGAAACCAUUUUGUUGUUCAGUUUGUGGUAAAAGCUUCUCGCUGAAUAAGACCUUAACGAAUCACAUGAGACUUCACUCAGAAGAAAAACGUUUCACCUGCUCAUUUUGUGAAUCACAUUUCUCUUUCAGUAGCGAAUUGAUUAGACACAUGAGAAUCCACACGGGGGAAAAACCAUUUAGUUGUUUGUUUUGUAGUAAAAGAUUUGCACACAAGCAACAUCUGAAACGACACUUGGUCCUCCACACAGGGGAGAAAUCUUUUAGUUGUUCAGUUUGUAGUAAAAGAUUUGCUAGAUCUGAAACUCUGAAACAACACAUGGCCGUCCACAUGGGGGAGAAAUAAUUAUUUGUUAAAGGUGCAAUAUGUAAUACUGACAGCCAGCGUUUAAAAUGGUUACUGCAGUCCAAAUUCAGAAUACUGGAGAGAGCUGGCCCCUCCUCCCCAGACUCAAAGUUUCCAGGGUUUCCAGGUUGAGAACGCUGAACCCAGUGUCCCAUAAUCAGUAUGUUUACAUGCACUUAUACCAUGGUCUGGGUGAAUACUCGAUUCUGAUUGGCUGCAGGGUGUCCAUUAAAAAGUG